AUGACUCUGAGAGCUUACAUUUUGAUUACCUUUAAACAGGUGGCAAAUUUAAAUCAGUGCCUUGCUCACUUACAAAGUUAUGGAUUUUGUGAACAACUGAAAGCCGAAGAUUUGAUUAGCACUAGACCAAAAGCACUUGCUGAGGUGCUUGACAGUUUGUUCAACUUGCAGCGAAACGCAAAAUACGGUGCCGGAACAACCGAUCAGGUGAUGCUUAAGGAUACCAAACGGCGCCUCUCCGUUCAAACUUCAAAGUCGACCAUUGUACCUCCAAGGAGAAUAAUCCACACAAAAGCGGGAAGCGCUUCCCCUGUUCGAUCUCCAUUGCAAAAUGUACAACCGUGA